CCUUUCACCUGCAAUGAGAUCAAAAUCUUGUUUUGUUUUGUUUUGUUUUGUUUUUUGCCUUUUGAGACAGAGUCUUGCUCUGCACCUCAAGCCAGCCUUGAGCUCACUUUAUAUCCCUGGCUAGUGUGGAACUUUCAAGGAUCCUCCUGGACUCAGCUUCCCAAGUGCUGGGAUUACUGGUGCGCCACCACACUGGGUUCUAAAAGUGGUGUUCUACUGAAGUGGCUGGACAGUGUAUUGAAUCCAGGCGUGCUCUGCUGCUGAGCUAUAGGGUAUCAUUAAAUCAUUCAGAUGGGUCUCAAAUUUCGAUCAUCGGGCCUCAUCCGUCCAGAUUUCUUCCUUGUCUGCCUAGCAAGGUCAUGGCAGAGCUGGAGGAGGCAGUGUAUGAAGAACUGAACUACUCCUAUGCACUGGAGUAUUAUUCUCAGGAGCCGGAGUUGGAGGAGGAAGUGCCCCUGGGAGCUGUGCACUGGCUCUCCCUGCUGCUGUGUGGUUUGGCAUUUAUUCUGGGAAUCCCAGGAAAUGCCAUUGUCAUCUGGCUCACCGGGUUCAAGUGGAAGAAGACAGUCACCACACUCUGGUUCCUUAAUCUGGCUAUUGCGGAUUUCAUUUUUGUUCUCUUUCUGCCGCUGUACAUCUCCUACGUGGCCAUGCAUUUCCACUGGCCCUUUGGCACUUGGCUGUGCAAAGCCAACUCCUUCAUCGGUCAGCUGAACAUGUUCUCCAGCGUUCUCUUCCUGACUGUCAUCAGCCUGGACCGCUACAUCCACUUGAUCCAUCCCAUCCUGUCUCAUAGGCAUCGAACCCUGCAAAAUACCGUGGUUGUUGUCAUAGCUGUCUGGCUUUUAGCAUCUCUCAUUGGGGGCCCAGCCCUGUACUUCCGGGACACUCUGGAGCUCAAUAACCGCACCCUUUGCUAUAACAAUUUCCACGAGCACGACCCCGAUCUCAUUGUGAUGAGGCACCAUGUUCUGACCUGGGUGCGAUUCAUCCUUGGCUACCUUUUCCCUUUGCUGACACUGAGCAUUUGCUAUUUGUGUCUCAUCAUUAAGGUAAAGAAGCGAAGCAUCCUGAUUUCCAGUAGGCAUUUCUGGACAAUCCUGGCUGUGGUCAUAGCCUUCUUAAUUUGCUGGACUCCUUAUCACCUCUUUUCCAUUUGGGAGCUCACCAUUCAUCACAAUAGCUCCUCUCACCGGGUGCUGCAGGCAGCGGUCCCCCUCUCCACUGGCUUGGCAUUCCUCAAUAGUGGCUUGAACCCCAUGCUUUACGUCCUAAUUAGUAAAAAGUUCCAAGCUCCCUUCCGGUCCUCAGUUGCAGAAAAGCUAAAGUCCACACUGUGGGAGGUCAGCUGCUCCGGCACAGUCAGUGAACAGCUCAGGACCUCUGAAACCAAGAACAUGUCCUUCGUGGAGACAGCUCAGUGACUUACUGCUUUCCCAAAACUGGGGUGAGGUUUUGGAGCAACUCUCCUGACAAAUACUUCCAAAUGAAAUUUGCUUUUAGGAUUUAGAGCUGACCACAUUUGUGUUUAUUUUUGGUCAGUUUAUUGGCCUCACAUUUUUGUGUGAGUAUAAAACUCUGGCAGGAUAUGCAUAUUUUUCCUCUGGAAGCAAAACUGAUCUGUCACUCUUGCUAAUUAUCCCACAGUGGACUAUCACCACUGUGAAAAUAGUCCCAGUUUUUAAAAAAAAUAAUUUUAAAGCCUCAAUCUUAAAUAUGUGACUAAUGUGCCAGAUGUGGGGAUGCAGUUUUGUAAUCCCAGGUAUCUGGGAGGCUGAGGUAGGAAGAUCACAAAUUCUAGGCCAGUCUGAGCAAUUUAGGGAGAACCUAUCU